AACCAAACGAGGCCCGGCUUGAGGAGGAAAAGGAGAAAGUAUGUGAAGGAUUAUGAAAACAUUUUGUGGACGGUAGCAGCAGUGAGGAGGUGGGGGUCCCUGAUAUCGAUCAGAGAAUGGAUUCAAUCAGGGCAUUCUGACUUGGGAUAUUUGAGACUCUGCUUUUACAGAAAUCUAUCUGUGGCAAAUGUAGCCUUCCUCCACGUCUGAAUGAGAUAUGUCUUCUCUGCUACACUUUUGGCCAGCUGCAUAAGCUAUAAAGGAUCAAUCAGCUUUAAACUACUGUAAUUUAUAUCAGGGGCUGGGACAUAUCUCCCAUUAUCCCUGGCACCGGUCAAACCUCACACGUCCUUUUCUUUCUCAUCUUUUCUACCUUCCCUCUGAAUGAUGCUGCAGCAGUGAAAGAGACGCAAACCGAGUCUGGGAAAUACUUUAUUGUAGGCCUUACAGAGUGGAAACUGGGCCGGUUCUAACUCCCAGUACGGACCUGGCCGCAUGACAAACAAGUACAUGGGAGUAGCCUGCAGGGCCCGGCUUUAGAUCACGACCAGUCCUCCGCACCUCUCCGUACAGCCGCUUGGGAUGUGCGUUACGGCAUUACGCACGGAGCAGGAGCGACCGCUAUCUUGAUCUGCCUUAUAUCAGGAAUAGAAUUUCACCUCGGGAAGGAUGAGCAGCAAGGAGCUGACGGUGGGCCAGUCCAGCCAGUAUGUGGGGCCUUACCGGCUGGAGAAGACCCUCGGGAAGGGACAGACAGGACUGGUGAAGUUGGGUGUCCACUGUAUCACAGGACAGAAGGUGGCCAUAAAGAUUGUCAACAGAGAGAAACUCUCCGAAUCAGUUCUAAUGAAGGUGGAGAGAGAAAUAGCUAUUCUUAAACUAAUAGAGCACCCUCACGUUCUGAAGCUGCAUGAUGUCUAUGAGAAUAACAAAUACCUGUAUCUAGUUUUAGAGCAUGUGUCCGGCGGAGAGUUAUUUGACUACCUGGUGAAGAAGGGCAGGCUGACCCCCAAAGAGGCCAGGAAGUUCUUCAGACAAAUCAUCUCCGCCCUUGACUUCUGCCACAGUCACUCCAUAUGUCACAGAGACCUGAAGCCAGAGAAUCUUCUCCUGGAUGAGAAGAAUAACAUCAGGAUAGCAGACUUUGGCAUGGCCUCGCUACAAGUCGGGGACAGUCUGUUGGAAACCAGUUGUGGGUCCCCACAUUAUGCCUGCCCAGAGGUCAUAAGGGGGGAGAAGUACGAUGGUCGCAGAGCAGAUGUUUGGAGUUGUGGAGUCAUCCUCUUUGCUCUUCUUGUGGGUGCCUUGCCCUUUGACCAUGAUAACCUGCGGCAGCUUUUAGAGAAAGUGAAGAGCGGAGUAUUCCACAUGCCCCACUUUAUACCUCCUGACUGUCAAGCUUUGCUUAAAGGAAUGAUAGAAGUCAACCCUGACAAGAGACUCACGCUAGAAGCAAUACAGAAACACCCCUGGUACCAGGGUGGUCGUAAUGAGCCUUGCCCAGAGCAGCCGCCCCCCCGCCGUGUGUGUGUGAAGAGGAUCUUGUCCUUAACAGACCUGGACCCUGAUGUCCUGGAAAGCAUGUACUCCUUAGGGUGCUUCAGAGACCGGGUCAAACUCACGCAGGACCUUACAAGUGAGGAGGAGAACCAGGAGAAGAUGAUCUACUACCUCCUGUUGGACAGGAAGGAGCGAUACCCCAGCUGUGAAGAUGAGGAUCUGCCAGCCAGAAAUGACCUCGACCCACCCAGGAAGCGUGUGGACUCCCCCAUGCUGACGCGUCAUGGCCGCUGUCGUCCAGAGAGGAAGAGUCUGGAGGUCCUCAGUGUCACAGAUCAGGGGUCUCCCACCCCACCUCGCAGGGCCCUGGACACUAAUGCGCACAGCCAGAGGUCUCGUUCUGUCAGUGGAGCCUCCACAGGUCUGUCCUCCAGUCCUCUCAGCAGUCCCAGGAGCCCGGUCUUCACUUUCAGCCAAUCAGAAGUCACUGCUUCUGCCAAAGACCCCAAACCAGGAAAUGCCACCACCUGUCGGCCUACCCGCCCAGCACCUGACCCAAAAACACAGACCCUGCCCUCAAAGGGCCACACUGACCGGCCCCAUCUCCACUCCAUGAAGUCCCUCCCGCUCCAGACUCCACGCUCCCCUUCCCCAUCCCCCUCUCCACUCCUCUCCCCCAUCCCACGCUUCUUCAACUUCCCUUCUCCAUCUGUGUUCAAGUCCAAGAACGUCCACUCGUCCUCUAACUCCUCUGCCACCCCUCCUCCUGUGUCGCAGGUCACGCCUCAGGGCUCACCGCUGCCCACCCCGCUGGGCACGCCUGUGCACCAAAUCCAACACCCUUCCUCCACCACCCCUCCUUCCUCUUCCUCCUCGUCUUCUUCUUCCAGAGCGGACGGAGCUGGCGGGGCCUCGCUGUCGCUGACACCUCCCUCCAGCCCGGGCGGAAGUGGCAGUCUGGCUGCCUCGAGCUCCGCCCACUGGAGAACAAGACUCAACUCAUUCAAAAACAACCUUCUGGGCUCGCCACGCUUCCAUCGGCGCAAACUACAAGUCCCCACAUCAGAGGACAUGUCCAGUUUGACUCCAGAGUCCAGUCCAGAACUGGCUAAGAAGUCGUGGUUCGGUAACUUCAUCAGCCUGGAGAAAGAAGAGCAGAUCUUUGUUAUGAUCCGAGACAAGCCACUCAGCUCCAUCAAGGCUGACAUCGUCCAUGCCUUCCUCUCAAUCCCAUCCCUCAGCCACAGUGUGGUGUCUCAGAACAGUUUCCGGGCAGAGUACAAGUCCUCCGGCGGCCCCUCUGUCUUCCAGAAGCCUGUCAAGUUCCAAGUGGACAUCGCUUUCUCCGAGGGAGAGAGGGAGCGAGAGAGGGAUCGAGCGGAGAGGGAAGGAAAACGAGAGAUGGGCAUCUACAGCGUCACCUUCACUCUAAUAACAGGUCCCAGUCGCAGAUUCAAGAGGGUGGUGGAAACAAUUCAGGCUCAGCUCCUGAGUACUCAUGAUCAGCCUUCUGUGCAGGCACUGGCUGGCCCCUCAGAUGAGAAGAACGGUCAGCUUUCCCGCCAGCCCAGCACUCCUUCGCGUCAGAACUCCCGACGUUCGGAAAGCGGAUCGGAGCGGGAGCGGGGAGAGAAGGAGCGUGCGGCAGACGGGGGGAGCGGAAGCGGGAGCAGCAGCGGGACCGCCUUACAAAGGCGAGGGUCGGGGAAAGACAAGACCAGACUCCUCUCGUCGUCCAACGGGACGCAGUCUCAUCCCUAAAAAGAAUGUUGUGGAAGAGAGGCGAGGGUCAUCCGCCGGGCCUUUUUCUCUUCCUUCCCUCAAUCCUUCCCACAUUCUUUCCUUCCCUAUUUCCUUACUUCCUGCCUUGCUUCAUACCAUUAUUCCAAAGCAAUGGGAUGGAUGAGGGGGAAGUUUUUCCUUGAAGCUGAUCUAGUGAUAUUCGGAGUAAUCCCCACAAAUGGCUGUUUUUAGCAGAAAUGUAUACAUGUGGGGGUGGCGGAGGCAGGUUGUGCUGAUCUUUAAUCAGCCUUCAAGGGCAGCUUCGCCCCGGAGGGACGAGCCCUAAGACGGGAUGUCCAAAAAGUCCCAUUUUACCAGAGAAAUACAGGAAAGGUUCACAGCCAGGGAAACUCUACUUCACCCACUCUGAUGAAUCAAGAAAGCACAUGAUCUCCCACCGACUAAUCACAUGCAACACGUGGUUCAAAUCCAACAGGAAACCUCCAUCAAUGAGUCAAGUCUUUUUUUUUAUAUAGUUUUCUGACCAGCCAGCUGUCACCUGGAUCAUCAAGUCUCCUCAACACCACCUGACCUAACAUGUGGAGUCACAUGACAGGAAACCCGCUCUUCUCCUCACUUUCUUAUUGAAGACAAACGUGUGUUCUCAAGCAAAGCAACAAAAUGAGGAUGUCUGUUGAGAAAGAAUUACAGGAAUAGACUUGAUUGUUAAAGUGGAUUUUAUCAAUAGAUAAUUUGUUAACUUAAUGGUGUACUUUAACAAUCAAGGAGUCUGAGAGCAGAGAAAGAAAUGACGGAGAAUGGAUCUGACGUGGGCUACGUAAUGUAGCCCUUCAGCUAGCUGAAUAUUGAAAUAAGACAGACAACACAACUUUUCUUUGAGUGUUUGAGAAGCAUACAUUCCCACAAUUAUUUCUGAAUUACACUGAUAAAGCUAUGAUACCGUGUUGCCUUUAAUGGAGGAGAAAAAGUGGAUAGCUAGUUAGAUUUAGAGGACACUAGUCAUACCACAGUUAGAAUGUCUCACAAGUGAAAACUCCCACUGGAGGAGAGCGAGAUGAAUAGAUAGAGGGAGACUAAACAGAGGAUAGCUAGCAACAGGUAUCCAUUUGGUAGCAAAGGAAGGAAAAACUAGCAGCAAAAAGCAAACUUAGCGAUGGCAGUGAAAGCCAGUUCUGUUAGGUGAGUCUUUAUCAAUGCAACAUUCAUAUGCCACAUGUACAUUGCUUUUCUUCUCCUGUACAUUCUGGCUUUUAAGCAAUCUCAAGUGCAACUCCACUGUAAAAGAUAUGGGACAAAGUCCACAGUGCAUUCUAAUGUUAGCCAAAGCUAAUAAGUUAGCUUGUGAAACCCCUCCCCCGAACAGCAGCUGUCCAAUCAUGGCUUCGCAACCGUAACUAGGCAACGUUGGAUUUCUCAACAUGUUAAAGUGGUGUGUGUAAAUGUUUUCUCUACCUUAGCUCAAUAAAAUGUAUAAGCUAUAGCUAUCAAACAAAUAUUUAAGACCCCAUUAAAGGUUCUCAUUUUGAUAUGAGUCAGUUUGAGUGAGUUCUCUACCAAGUCAUGGAGCUACCAUUAGCUUAAUUAGCUAGCUAGUUACAGCUGAAGAAAUCAAAUUGACAAAGGAGAGUUGUCAUUUCAGCUGGCAAAAUUAACAGUCGUAAACCAGAAAAUAAUAAUCCCCUUUUGUCUACUUCUAUCUGAAAUUACGGACCGAUUGUGUCAAAAAUUGCCAUUCUCUCGUAUUCAGAUGGCCCAAAGAUAGCCUUGUAGUCACACAAUUUAAAUAGGCUAAUUUAGCUACUUGUGCUCUGUUACAUACUUAAAUAGUUUUUUAACAAAUGAAGCAAGAUACAAAAAACUGUUUAGGCCUAUAGCUGCUUUUUAAAUUUGCUAAAAUAUUAGCAUUUCUAUAGUUCUUUUUAGCAACUUGGAGGUAUCGUCACUGGAUACGCUGACUCAAAAUGGCUGACGUGUAAUUGUUUUUUACGACUGUUGCUUGUGAUUACAGUCUGAAUUAUAUGAUGUAAAUGUGGUACAAGCCUUCAUACGACUUCAUACCCAUUUGAUUUGGCUAACUCACAAUGCUAAAUCCUCAUAUUAGCAUCAGCCAAACUUUAGAAUGCUUUUUUGUACUGGGGAUUUUGUCUCAUGGUGGAGUCACAAGGGACCACGUCACAACCACCAGUAUGGAGAGGAUGAAUUAUUACAGUGACCAAUAACUCUUUCAAUGUACAUAUGGGCAUGUGAAUAUUGUAUAAAGGACUUGAAAAAAUUCAAAACCUAUCCUUUAGCUGAGGCGAGAAUUCAAGUCCAUGUAGUUGAAGAUGAUGGAAAAGUGGAAUUAGAAUAAAGAGGCUGGUCAAACAGGACAAGCAAGCUUUUUAGACCCACCAUUAGGCAACCGAAACCCUUCCUAUGUUCCUUUUUGUUUGACGAUAGAUGCAAAAGGACGCAGGGCGACGCCAAAGCCCCAACUAAAGCCUCAGCCGUCUCUGCCUCUCUGAAAAGAGAGAUAGAGGGAGGACAGAGAGACAAACAAAUGAUGUACUUUUCACAAGAGAGAAAAGAAAUAGCAAGAACUCUAGUGUGUCUGUUAUCAUGAAAACACUGCACACAUACUGCCUGGAGGGGGGGAGAGGAAACAUGAAGCCACACAUAAAGAAUGAAAUGUAUCUUGUUUUAUUUUUGACUUUCCACACCUUGUUUUUCUACUCUGCUCCUGUCUUUCUGUGUAUGUGUUUUUUUUUUUAAUGUUUCUGUGUUUGCCACCAGCAAAAUAGAGGGCGGCGCCAACAAUGUGAAUGUCAAAACUCUUUUGAAAUAAUGUUAACAUUUCUUUGUUCUAUAUAUUUAUUGAAAGUGUAUUUAUUCAUCUAUUUAUUUAUUUGCCAUGUAUUUGUUGAAAGUGUGAUUUUUUUUCUUUUUAUGAAUGGAAAAGCGGUUGAGACAGGGAAAUGUCACUUUCGAGAUGCUGCAGAGCAAACCAGCUUUCCCUGAGAAAAAACGACUUUUUCUUUAACAUUAUGAAAAUCGAUGCUGCAAAAAUACCUUCCAUCUUUACAUUUUUACCUGUUGAGUUGUUGUUUUGUUCAUUUUGCACUAUCGUGUUCACAUUUUACGCACACACAGUGAGAGAAAAGCUUCAUGUGGAGGACAAAAUGCUCUUACCACCGGAAAUGUAUUCACUCCUUCAUCUGUUCAGUUCAUUUUGUUCAGUCACUCCUAAGGCGAAAAAGAGCAGGAUGCUAAGCUGCUGAAUAUGUUACAUGAUUAGUGGAUGGAAACAAGCAUUCAUUCGCACUUUCUUUUGCCGAUUUUUGCUUAAUUUGGUUAAAAUUUGCGAUACAUUUGGACCUGGCCAAUGCCGGUGAGUCAUGGGUCCACCACUUUGAUGUAGACUGAGAUAUCUCAAUUCAUGAUCACCAGAGGAUGAACCCUCCUGACUUUGUGGAUCCUCUGACUUGUCAUCUGGCAAAAUCAAAAGUCAAAUAUGUCCAAUAUUUUUGGUUUAUGAUGAAUACCUUCAAAACUGACAUUCCCAUCAGCCUCAGCUGUGCUUUGUGUUCAAAGCUAACUAGCCAGUGUUAAGAUGCUAACAAGUUAAACUAAGAAGGUGAACAUGGCAAACAUGAUACCCACUAAACAUCUGUUAGCAUUUAGCUCAAAGCACCGCUGUGCCUAAGUACAGCCUCACACAGCUAGCAUGGCUGCAGACUGUUAGUAUCUCAGAAUGCGAGGUAAUUCAUUAACAGGGACUGCUAACACAAAUGCAUUUUCUUGUCAUAGUCAUUCCCUGUGAGACACUGUGUUUAUUUGUGCCAACCAACACUCCAUUCCUGAUUGACUUUCAAUAGUCUCUUUACACUCUGCACACUUAACUGAAACUGCUGAACAAGAAUGGAAAAAACUAUCCUUUUAAGUUUGAAAGACCAGUUUCUGUACUUUGAUUGUCUUUCACAAAUCAUUGGAGCGACUGGAAAAUGUGGUUAGCAAUUGUAAUUCGACAUCCAACAAUCUGUUUACACACAUUACCCACACUUUAACAUCCAAAUGCAAACUGACCUUUUUCACAAUUUCUUAUCUCACAAAUGGAUCAUAGUCACAGGGGAGGUUUUGGCAUGUUUUCGGAAUCAUUUUAGAAAGUUUUGGGGAAACUAUUGGCUUGGUGGACAUAAUCAAGCAAGAUUUUCCAUCUGUGCUGGUUUCCCCCCUCUCAUGUAAUCAGAGGCGUUCUCUUCCCUUCCAGGGGCUCAAAGUAGGAUAGAGUCCGGCUGUGAGGCCACACACAUCUGUAAGGUCAGGGAGGUUUAAAGUUACACACAUAUGUGAAAGAGAGUUAUGUCAAAGUCUAUUUCUUUUUUUAAACACAAGGUCAGAGUCAAGUUCACCUUACAUCCACUUUUAGGAAAAACAAAGCUAGCUAGAGGAUAUACCGGUAUAUGGGAAGAGGAAAGAAAAAACAUUUCUCAAGACUUUUUGCUCUACUUUGAGCAAAUUUUGCAUCAAAAUCUAUUCAAAGACACAACGGGACCCAUGGCACAUUGUGGUUGAGAGACUUCCCCGCUCGCAAAACUCUCCUAUUGAAAGAAAUCUCACCCCUCCCUCAUUCCCCCUUUAUCCCCCCUCCCCCCCAUCCACCGAUUCACUUUACAUUUUCUACAUCCCCCCAUACCUCCUCUUUGUAUCUCUUGAAUCCUCCUCCACGCCCAUUCAUGUCCCCACUGCACAUAUCUCACCCGCUUAUAUAAUCAUCCCUUCCCCUUGUAUACGUUUUAUACACUGUAUACUUCAACGCAGACGCUGUAUACAUUUGUAUACACUGUAUUCCUGUCUCUGUCUCCAUUGUAUGCCAUCCAUAUCUAUGUAGCGUUCACUAUCUUUUAUCGACACUGUAGUCACCGUACGACUCUUCCUCUCAUCAUUAUUGCUCAUUCUUCUUCUGCAGUUAGAAUUGUACGACUAUAAUCUCUUGUCUCCCGCCCAUAUUGCCCCUCCACCCCUGCCCCGCCACACCCCACCCAUAUAAACACCCCCCCCCCCAACCCCCAUCUUGUGAACCUCCACUCCACACCGUAGAAGGAGAAACUUGUGACGUCAGAAAAAAAAUUGAGGGAGGUGUGUGGGGGAGGGUGGGUCGAGAAAACAGCUAACACGAUUAAUGAUGACGACAACGACGAAGAGAAAUGUCUGUAGUAUAAUUACAAAAAAGGAAAAGUGCACUAUUAUGACAAUGAUUAUUAUUGCCUGUGAGAAAUACUGACCAAUAAACAACAACAGAAAUAUA